AUGUCGUUGAGAAGCAGUCAUCUCGGUCAUCUCGGCUCCGGUUUGCUGUGGCACCGGAAGCAGGCCGACGACGACGACGAUUCGUCCUCGGACUCGUCGUCGUUGCGGUCGUUCAGCGCCGACGAGGUCGCCGAGCUGGAGGAGAAGACAGGUCGGCUCGCGCCGGACAUGGUGGACAGUUUGCUGGACGAGAUCGCCGAGCAGGCACUCGAGUCGGAGCGGCAAAUGGCCAAAGGCUUGGUGCACGUGCUCGAGGAAAGUCUGCGCGAGGAGCACGCGUUGGCGGUCGGCCACGACACGCUGGACGCCCUGGCCGAAAGGUUCGCCCAGCUGCUGGCCAAAGGCGAAAGCGACGGCCAGACCGUCAGCCGCAAGAGCCAGGCGACGCAGACGACACAGAUGAUCGAGCUGAUGGACCGCAGGGAGGCCAAGCUCGAGAAAGGUUGCAGCUGCAUCGUCGAGACCGUGCAUCAGAUGAAGAGUCUGCUGGAGCAGCUGCAGCGCCACUGGCAGUCGUCGAGCAGUCCGAGCGGCGGCGACGCCUUCCUGCACAAGAGCAUGGGCAUCGCGACGGAGAUGGAGGGCAAGGCGAUGCGGCUGAUCGAGUGCACCGAGGCCCACCGCGCCGCCUGCCUCGGCCAGCGCCUCGAGUACGUGCCCAGGAGCGAGAGUGUCGCCGAACUGACCGACUUCCAAAAGUUCCUGGACCUCGACCUGUCCGACGACCCGUCUUCAUUUUUAAAUCAAUGA